AUGAAUGAUGUGGGUGAGGGAUCCGCGCGCCUCAUAAACCUGCUAAGCGAAGGGUAUCUGGACACUUACAACACAUCGACAUUCCAACAGUCGGAAACCUUUAACCGUGCCGAAUACAUUUUGACAGCCUCCGGAAAUAAGGUUAGUAGGAACUCCAUUCUCUGUGGCAUGAAAAACAUUCACAUGUUGGGGAAGUCAAUUAUAAAAAGCGGAGCCAUGUUGCGGGGGGAUCUCAGUAGCCUUUACUUUGGCAAGUAUGUCAUAGUGGGCUCCAAGACGCUCAUCUGUCCAUGCUUCUUGCAGGGGAGGGACCCGCAGAAGCAGCAGUCAGAUCAACCCAGUCAACAUGCCAAAGACGCUCCAACUAACCCAAGUGAUGAUCCAACAAGCACCUCAUACGUAACCCUAACCAUCGGCGACAACGUCUACAUAGGAAAUGAAUGCAUCAUCAAGGCAGCUCUCAUUGGAAGCAAUGUCAUCAUAGGGAAUAACUGCGUGGUUGGAGAGAGAGUAGUUAUUAAGGACAAUGUAAUUAUAAAGGACAACACAUACAUCCCCAACGAUACCAUCAUUGCGUCAUUUGCAAAGUACGCGGGGUGUCCUGCUACCUACGUCAAAGAACUCCCUGAAUCGGCUCCAAUAUAUUUGAAGGGCAUUUCUUACCAACACUACAAAAAAUUCAUCCCCGAGAGUUAA